AGCAGAAGAAGAAGCAUUUCUUCUUGCUUCACUUGCUGCGCAUGACAGCUGCUCAGUGUUUUGGGGAACAACGUUUUGGUGGAGGUCCGUGGUUUUUCAGGGUUGGAAUGGCUUCACGGUCUGGACCAAGAGCUUCAGGGACAGACGGGAGUGACUUUCAGCACCGGGAACGCGUGGCUGCGCAUUAUCAGAUGAGCGUGGCUCUGAAGUCAGAGAUAAGGAAGCUGAAUAUGGCCCACAUGGCGUUGUGGGCGCUGGUUGUGGCGCAGGUGCUGGUUAGCCACCUGAACCUGGUGAGCCACCGGGUGGUGGCCAGCCCCUACCAGUGGGAGUACCCCUACCUGCUCAGCAUCCUGCCCACGGCGGUGAGCUUCGCCGCGCUGCCCCGCAACAACGUCGGCUACCUGGUGGUGUCCAUGAUCGGCGCGGGGCUCCUGUGCGUGGGGCCAAUCGUCUACGGUAGCCUGGAGAUGUUCCCCGUGGCACAGCAGCUCUGGCGGCACGGCAAGGCAUACCGCUUCAUCUUUGGCUUCUCCGCUGUCUCCGUGCUCUACCUGCUGCUGGUGGUAGCCAUCCAGGUGCACGGCUGGCACAUCUACUACAGCAAGAAGCUGCUGGACGCCUGGUUCGCCACCACGCAGGACAAGAAGAAAAAAUAAAACCUGGGAGGUUGCCAAGGGUGGCAGACGGAGUUGAGGGUGAUGCCUUCGUGUGCCUUUUUCUCCAUCACGGAGAUCCUUUUCAUG